AUGAUGGCAACCCAUCGGACUUUAGAGAACCCAUUCAUGAGCAAGAUGUGCCUUCCUUUUAACCGUCUUCCGUUGUCAGGUAUCUGGCCGACACACCUGAGAAUAUUUGUCGGUUCUGUAGGCAAGGUCAGUAUUGGGACACACUUGCUACCGCACCACGACAUCAGACAUCAGCUAAACCCCCUCCAACUCCAAACAUGGAGGAUACGUAUAGCGGCGUCCCAUCGCGGCUGAGUAAAGAAGCGGCAGAAUGCCGGGCGCGCCUACUUGGGAAUCGCACCCUGCCGGCCAGCCAACCGCGGAAACACGGCGUUCGUCUGCCCCCGGAUACAACGCUUGAGCAGUUCGAGUCCGCCAUCCAGGACUUGAGAGGCAAACUCGGGCCCGAUAACGUUGAGGUUAACGACAAGGCCUUGGUCGACGGGUGGUAUCUGGAGCACCCCAACACCCAUGAUGCUUUCCACAUCGUCGACCAGGAGGAGCUCGUCAGCAGCGCUGCCGUGUUUCCUGGAUCCACGGAAGAAGUGCAGAUCAUCGUCCGUUGGGCCAACCAAUACGGCAUACCGAUAUAUCCCAUCUCCCUGGGGCGAAAUGUGGGUUACGGAGGGGCAGCUCCACGGGUCCCCGGCGGCGUCGUGAUCGACCUAGGUCGCCGAAUGCACAAUAUCCUCAAGAUCGACGGCGAGAAUGCCAGCUGCGUCGUCGAGCCCGGGGUGACGUACUUCAAGCUCUACGAGGAGAUCCAGAGGCAGAAGUUGCCGUUGUGGAUUGACCCGCCCGACCUCGGAGGCGGGAGCGUGCUCGGCAACGCCAUCGACCGGGGGGUGGGAUACACGCCGUACGGCGACCACUUCGCGAACCACUGCGGCAUGGAGAUCGUGCUCCCUAGCGGCGAGCUCCUGAGGACGGGGAUGGGGGCCAUGCCCGGCCCCGACGGUGAGGACAACCCGACGUGGCAGUCCUUCCAGCACGCCUUCGGCCCGUCGGUCAACGGCAUCUUCUCGCAGAGCAACUUCGGCAUCGUCACCAAGAUGGGGUUCCACUUGAUGCCCGAGACGAAUAACCAGUCGUACUGCUUCACCUUCCCGCACGACGACGACUUUGAGCAGAUCGUCGACAUCAUCCGCCCGCUCGCCCAGCAGCGCAUCCUAGGCAACAUCCCCCAGCUCCGGCACGCCAUCCAGGAGCUCAACGUGACGGGCCGGCCCAAGUCGUCCUUCCACUCGGGCGCGGGCCCCAUGACGCGCGACGAGGUCCGCUCGGCGGCCAAGGAACUGCCCCUCGGCGACUGCUCGUGGGUCUUCUACGGGACCCAGUACGGGCCCGCCGAGACGAUCCAGUCCCAGCUGGAGGUGAUCAAGGCCGCCUUCGGCCGCAUCCCGGGGUCCCGGUUCUUCCUCCCGUCCGACGUGCCCGCCGACCACUACCUGCACUCGCGCUCGCUCGUGUGCGCCGGCGUGCCGGUGCUGCGCGAGCUGGACUGGCUCAACUGGACGCCCAACGGGGCGCACCUCUUCUUCUCGCCGAUCGCGCCGACGCGGGGCCGCGACGCGCGCACGGUGCACGACCUGAUCGCCGCGGCGCACGCGCGGCACGGGUUCGACCUGUUCCCGACGCUGUGCGUGGCCGGGCGCGAGAUCCACUACAUCGCCAACAUCGUGUACGACCGGGCCGACGCCGCCGAGAAGCGCCGCGCCGUGCGCCUGAUGCGCGAGAUGAUCGCCGAGUGCGCGGCGCGCGGCUUCGGCGAGUACAGGACCCACCUGCUCUUCGCCGACCAGGUCGCCGCCACGUACAGCUGGGGCGACCGCGCGCUGAUGCGGCUCAAUGAGACUAUCAAGGAUGCACUGGACCCCAACGGCGUGCUGGCGCCGGGGCGGAAUGGUAUCUGGCCUAGGAGGUAUAGGGGGAAGGGGUGGGAGCUGGGGGCCGAGGACGUCGACAUGGAUAGAAUCGGGCCUAAAGCAUGACCUGGAGGUCUGCCCAUGAGUGCAAAACUUGUUUGGGACCAGCUUUGAUUUUGACUACCGCCAUGCUUUUGAUGUCGGGACAAGGUUGCAGAGCGCAUGACUUGUCCUUAAACUUAGUACUUAGAGACAAGACAGUCAAGGUUAUUUCCCGCCACUUCUCUGGAUGGCACCGGUUACCCCCUCUCAUCUAAGAGGACAACCGA